AUGGGCACCAGUGACCCCCGUGAUCUGGAAAGGUCAAUGGCCCAUUUCCUCCCUGCUGUACCGUCUAAUCUCACCUCCUUUCUCCACUCGGUGCUUCCAUGCGGCUUUGCUUUGGGACCAUCACUGUUCAGUAAAGGCAGUUUGGGGCUGUGGUGGGUCGGCCACCCGCUGGAGGCUGGCACCCUGCUCUGCACUGACGCCGACCCGGAUCAGGCCUCCAACAAUUGUUCUGACCCGGUACUGAAGGGGACGUCAGUAAAUCAAGCUCUUGUCCAAAAAGCCAUCUGUAUCAAAUUUGCCCAUCAGGCACGGUCCCUGGCCCAGCGCAACGUGACCAUACUGUGUGCUUGUGGAGAGGUGUGUGAGGCUGAGUGCGUGCAUGUGUGUCUGCGUGCGUGUCGGAACAUCCAGCCGGGAACAGAGCUGCUGUUGUACAAUGAGGGAAAAGGUCAGAUAUCAGAUGAACCAGGUGACGCCAUCGGACACUCAGAAGACACUGUGGCACAGAAAAAAGGGCCUGAGGAUGUAGAAAACAACAAAAUAAACUCUCCAGAAAGAGAAAAGGAGAAAACUCAAGAGGUGGAGGAAGAACUGCAACAGACUCACAGCUUCAUCAACAGAAGUUGUUCACCCUCACAGAGGAGCAACGUUAAAACCAUCCUGCAUGACCCAAGUCCUGAUUGUGACAGACAGCUGGACAGUCCAACAGAAACAGCAGCAGGUGGACAUUCAGAUGGUGUCUCUGCUGCUGUGGACGUAGAGGACAGAGACACAGACUCCUCUUGCCUCCCUGCUCCUCCUCACAUUCGCUUCAGCUCCCGUCUAGCUGCUAAACCACGGCGAGUUCACAGCCUGCCCAGUCGAGUGAGACUCUCUGCUCAAUCCCAGUCACCCAAACAGAUCGAUGGACGGAUCAAAGACUCUGCAGAUUCCUGGGGGACAUCAUACACUGAUGCUGAGUCCAUCACAACUCUGCGUUCUGCUGAGGGGGAACCUGGUUGGCAACCAGAGGUCCGAGAGAGGCGGUACAGAUGUUCCAGCUGUGAUAAAAAAUUCUACCAGAUUAGUCACUUGAAGAAACAUCAGUUUAGUCACACAGAUGAGAAACCCUUCACCUGCCAGGACUGUGGGAAAAACUACACCUCUGCAGAAAGCUUCAGAGCCCAUCAGAUGAGUCACCGCGGUGAGCGCCCGUUUUCCUGUCCUCACUGUGAGAAGACCUACGGCCUGAAGCGAGACCUAAAGGAGCACUUGGUCCUCCACACCGGAGAAAAACCCUACACCUGUGAGCACUGUGGCAAGUCGUUCACACGGCGCCCCUCCCUGCGGGUCCACCGCCUCCUUCACUGCAGCAGAGUGGUCCACAUGCAGUCCCCAAAGGUGCAGUGUACAAUCUGCUCCAAGCUGCUGGCCAACCGCAACUCCCUGAGGCUCCACAUGAAGCUGCACACGGGGGAGAAGCCCCACGUCUGUCAGCACUGCGGGAAGUGUUUCAGGCAGAAAGGGAACCUGGAGUCCCAUCUGAGAACUCACAGUGGAGAGAAGCCAUUUCCCUGCCCAGAGUGCAAGCAGGCAUUCACUCAGAAACCUGAUCUCCAGCGGCACAUGUUCUCCCACACCGGAGGGGGGUUCCUCUGCAGCUACUGCGGCAAGUCUCUGAGGGACCCCCACAGUCUGAGGUACCAUGAGAGGCUGCACACCGGAGAGAGACCCCACCACUGCUCGCUCUGUGGAAAAGGCUACACGUUGGCCACCAAACUGAGGAGACACAUGAGGUCAUCCCACCUGAAGGAGAAGCUGUACAGCUGCUCCUGCGGCGCCUCCUACACUGUGAAACAAAGUCUGCUGAGGCACCAAGCUCAGCACAGGACAGUCAAAGGAGCUCAGAUGGAGGCAGGAGGCCCGAGAGACGAGGCUGAGCAGGAGUCAGAGGCUCCAGGCUGCAGCCACUCAAAGCCAGUUCGAGGUAGACCCAAGAAGUAUCCGCUUCUUCGAGCGUCAGAGGGGAGGGACAGAGGUGAAGUAAAGCAGAGAGGAGAACAAGACAAGCACACAGAGAAGUUCAAUAGCAUUGAAAUGUUGACUGGAGGAGCAGAAGAGGCUCAGAGCGACGUCCAGCACGCUGUUGUUUACGUCCACACGGAUGACUUUUCUGCACCGACCUCCACACCUCUGCUCCUCGCAGCCGAUUGCUCACUCCCUGAUGGGACAGAGCCGGAGCUGAUGGAGGUGGUGAUAUCAGAUGGUGCAGAGCAGUGCAUUGUGGUCCGUGGGCAACAGGCGGUGGGGGAGCUGCUGAUCCUGCAGGAGGAGGAGAGUGGAUUCUGCACUGUGGCUCAGACUGUAGAGAUAAACACAGUGUGA